AUGUCGUCCUCGACGAAAUGGAGGGAGGAGCAGGUCCUCGUGAUCUGUCCUGGGUCCUCCACCACCAUGGCCCAGCUGGGCUGCAGCGAGCUCACGCCGCCGUCGCAGCGAUUCCCGACGCGUAUGUUCAAGGACGAGGAGACGGGGGAGUGGAGGCCGUACCAUACAUACAAGAGGAAGAAGAAGGCGAUGGCAAUGACGGCAAUUGCGGGCGGCGAAGAUGGGACUGAUGGGCUGGCUGCUGAGACUGUUGAGGACCCUGAUUCUGCUGAAGGCGCGACCUACCCUAUACGAGGCGGCUGCAUAGUCCACAUGGAUGCCUUCCUGGCCUUCCUCGACCACGUCCACAGCAUGCUCACCACCACCUACCACAACACCCCCAUCGUCCUCAUGGCAUCGCCUCAAUGGACCCGCCCCCAUUGCGAGACGAUCGCAAGGUACAUCUUCGAAAAGACGCGUACCCCCGCGCUCUGCCUCAUCCACUCCGGUGUGGCGACGCAGUACGGCCUGCGGUGGCCCAAUAUGACGGUGGUCGACAUCGGGUACGAGAAGGUUGACGUCACGUGUCUCCACGAGAACCGGGUGGUCAGCCACAGGGAUGUGCUCGACAUCGCGAACGAGGGGGCGAUCUCGGGCGGGGAGGUGUUCACGAGGAGGCUGCUAGAGCUGCUGAGGGAGAAUGAGAAGGAAUUCACGCACGAGAUGGCCGAGCAGCUAAAAAGGAGCCAGAUCUGUGAGGUGCUGCCGUAUGCGGCGGACCAGCCCGAGCUGAUGGAGCUGCCAACCGCAUCCGCACCGCAGGUGGGCGCACCACCGUCGGGGUCUGCGCCUGCAGCGCCUGCGCCUGCACCUGCGGCUGCUGCUUCGGGGACCACGGUCGGCGAUGCGCCCAUGACGAUGGACGGCGAAGAUCCCGACGAUAAGAACGGUGACAAUGAUGGUGUUCUUGACAUUGCAAAUAUUGUCACGAGCGGCCAGACCAAGGAGUUCCUGGCGAAGAAGGAGAAGGAGAAGGCGGAGAAGGCAAAGGCUGGAAAGAAGGGCAAGGGCCCGGAGGCUGCCGACGCGAACAAGCCCACGCGACUGCCAAAUUCCAAGAGGUUGAAGAACACAUUCCACUACGAGGAGAUCAUCCAGGAGGAGCCAUCUGCACCAGCGCCCAAGGCGAAUGGCGCCUCGAAGGAGGAAGGGCAGCAGCAGCAGCAGCAGCAGCAACAGCAACAACAGGAGACAGGUGCUGCCGCCGCUGCCGACUCUGCCCAGCCUGCUCCUAGCGAGGCGCCGAAGCCAGACGCUGCAGCAGCCACGGGGGAGGAGAAGCCAAAGGAGCAGGAAGCAAGUCAGGAUGCUGCUGUUAAGUUUGACAAUUUCCUGCCACCUCCAGAAGCGACGCCUGCGGCCGCAGCCUCGUCAGAACCACUGGCUAGGCGCGUCCGUCGCGAUAUUGAAGUCGGCCUGGAGCGCUUCACGUUUGCGGAUCGCAAGGAAAUUGACCGCAUCGCCGAAGCUAUCUACGAAGCUGUUCAGAACAUCGGCGAUAUGUACAUGCGGCCUUCCUGCUGGGAAAACCUUGUGUUUGUGGGCAACGGUAGCCGCAUCCGCGGUCUUAAGGACAACAUCGUGCAGACGCUGACGGCGCGGUACCUGAUCUCGCCCAGCAGUGCGACCAUGUUCACGUCGGAGCUGCCGUCCAACAUGGCGACGCCCUCAGGCACUGGGAGCCAGACGCCCACGGGCAGCUUCUCUGGCCCGCCGCACACGAUGCCGGUGGGAGCAGGCCCGUCGUCCGGCGUUAACCCGCUGCUCCAGGCCGCCACCACGGCAUCGCUGCAGCAGGCCCAGCAACACCCAGGGAUGAUGACACCCGGCGGCGCACCGGGCUCGCAAGCGGGCGAGCUGAUGCCGUCGCACCACUUCCACAGCCAGACGCCGACGUCAAUCAAGAUUGCGCCCACGCCAACAUACCUGGCCGAGUGGACCAAGCACGGGUUCGAGGAGGCCAUGUUCCUAGGGUCGCUGGUCGCUGCGAGGCUGGCGUUCUGCGUGCAUAACAUUGAUGCGCAAGGCUUGGAGGCUCAGAGGUUGAUGAGUCUGAACCGGGUUGAUUACAAUGAACUUGGUCCCAAGGGCAUCCGAACACAUUCGAUGCUGGGUUAG